UGUGGUACGUUUGACAUGUGAAGGUUGUCUAUAUUACAACUGACGAUCACUUGAUUUGGAGGUACAGACAAAUAUUUGCCGUUGUUAUCUGUGAUGAAGGCUGAGCAUCUACGUGUUGCAGUGGAUGUUUCGAAGGAAUUCUUUGUAAUGUUGGCUCAAGUAGCCGUUUUGAACAAAGCACUGUAAAAUUUGUUCACAUUUCACUGAUCCUAAAGUAUUUUUAAGAGGUGUUGUGUAGAGUAAAUAGUAUCAUGGAGGUAUACAAUUACAAACAUUACCAUGAGCAGUUCAUGCAGAACUUGAAUGGAACAACACCAACAGAAAUCCUGUUGGUGGUAUUACCGGCUCCAAUUGGAAUAUUUCUAUCGACUUUCUUGUGUGCUGUUUUAUUGUGUUUGAAGCCUCAGAAAAUUUCUACUCCCACGAAUUUUGUCUGUUGGCUUCCAAUUUUUGUAGAUUUUAUAACUAUGAUUGUGCCUCUUGUACUAUGCUUUACUAUAUGUAGUGACAUACAUGUUGUUAUUACACUAAUAUUUAUGGUGGGCCUUUUUAUUUGUGUUGUAUACUGCUGUACUUCAUGUAGGAAAGUAUUGUCACAAGACUAUGUAAGCACACUUUUAACAACACAGAUACUGCCAAAUAAAAGGCCGUUUGUAACAAAUUUCAGAGCUGUGAUGAAUUUGAUGACUGGUAUAUGUAUUCUUGCAGUGGAUUUUAAAGUGUUUCCUAGACGAUUUGCAAAGACGGAAACAUUUGGCUACGGAUUGAUGGAUACUGGUGUAGGAAUGUUUGUUAUAUCUAAUGCUGUUGUUAUACCAGAAGCCUUAGGUUAUAAGGGUAAGUCACAGACAUUAGCAUCUGCCAUGUGGAGAUCUAUAAAAAGUACUGUUCCAUUACUCCUGUUAGGAAGUAUAAGAUUUUUUGUAACAAAACAGAUUGACUAUCACAUGCAUGUUUCAGAAUAUGGUGUUCACUGGAACUUUUACAUAACUUUAGCCAUAACAAAAAUUAUAUGUACACUGAUCCUACAGUUUGUAGAUUCUGAUUAUUCAGUAAUAAUUACAGCUGUGGUCAUCGGAAUUCAUGAACUCAUGCUUGUUUCUGGAAUCCAGGAUUGGGUUCUAAGUAAUGUGGCAAGAGAAAAUUUUGUCACUGCAAAUCGUGAAGGCAUUGUAUCUUGUUUGGGAUAUGUUGCACUGUAUUUUGCAGGUAUUUGUUUGGGCCAAGGAUUGCGAGAUUACAAAUCUAGCUUUCAGUCUAAUAUAUAUUUAAUGGGAAAGCAGAUUAUUAUUAGUGUAUUGCUGUGGUCUGCUACAGCACUGUGUAAAUAUUGGUUUGGCGUAUCUCGCCGUCUCGCCAACAUUGGAUAUAUAAUCUGGAUACUGGCUUUAAGUACAACAGUUCUUGUGAUAUUAAUUUUAGUUGAACUUCUGACUUGGACACUGAACAUGGUUUUCAAAGCAAAUACAAAAAAUGAAAAAGAUGGGCGUUUCCAUUUGACCAUUGGUUACGUUCCAGUGACUCUGGAAGCGAUAAACUAUAAUGGACUUUUCUUUUUUCUUCUAGCCAAUGUAGUAACUGGUCUGAUUAAUAUUUCUGUCCAGACUUUGACAUUUGGUGUGUUACAGAGUCUUUCCAUAAUUUGUGGAUAUAUGUUUGUGAUAUGUAACGUUACAGUUCUGUUAUAUUUUAAGAAAAUAAAACUUAAAGUGUGGUGAAGUUGUUAGUCACAAACUACAUGCUGUAAGUAAUUUCAUCUUGCUUUGACAAUACAGAAAUAAAACAAGUUAGUGGAAUGUAAGAUGUGUAUAUAAUAAAUAACCAUAUUCUAA